AAGGAGGGUGGCAGCCCCAGCCGGGCGCAAGGACAGUGUUCCGGGCACCAGGGGGCCGCCCGGGUCAGUCGGUGUAGGUAGGACCCUUGGUCAUCAGCUGUAAAUGUGACCCCUGGGACUGGCUAAUUGUCACACAUUAGCACCGGGGCCUUCACUCGUCUUUAACCCCAUAGUAUAGUCUUUGGGACUUGGGGACACUUUACCCGCUCCCUCCCUCUUCAGCCCCCUCCCUCCAGUGUGAGCAGUGGGUAGUGCUCCUCGAUCUUGGUUACCGAAUAAGAAAAUGCAGAGUCUUUCUAAAGGAGGAAAAGCGCUGGCAUUUGCCUCCUGCUUCUGGCGUCCCUGUUGCUGUGACUCGGUCUGCUUUUGAUGAAUGGCUAGGGAGGGUGGAGGAUAGUUACAUUUCCUGUUGUGGAUUGUCAGGAAUCACCAAGGUUGCUGUCGAGCCUGCAGUCUUUUAUUAGUUUUCAGAUUGCCUGCAAAUAACAUUGGGACUUAGCAGCCUGCACUUUUCGGUGCCUGAGGACAGGUGCAGACAGGGGCCUGGUGACAGAGUAUGAAAGGGUACCAUGCCGGUGGAAAGGAUGCGGAUGCGGCCAUGGCUGGAGGAACAGAUAAACUCAAAUACGAUACCAGGGCUAAAGUGGCUUAACAAGGAGAAGAAGAUUUUUCAGAUCCCCUGGAUGCAUGCAGCUAGACAUGGGUGGGAUGUGGAGAAGGAUGCCCCACUCUUUAGAAACUGGGCAAUCCAUACAGGAAAGCAUCAACCGGGAGUAGAUAAACCUGACCCAAAAACAUGGAAGGCGAAUUUUCGAUGUGCCAUGAACUCCUUGCCUGAUAUUGAAGAAGUCAAGGACAGAAGUAUAAAGAAGGGAAACAAUGCCUUCAGGGUGUACCGGAUGCUGCCCUUAUCUGAGCGACCUUCUAAGAAAGGAAAGAAACCAAAGACAGAAAAAGAAGACAGAGUUAAGCACAUCAAGCAAGAACCAGUUGAGUCAUCUUUGGGGCUUAGUAAUGGAGUAAGUGAUCUUUCUCCUGAGUAUGCGGUCCUGACUUCAGCUAUAAAAAAUGAAGUGGAUAGUACGGUGAACAUCAUAGUUGUAGGACAGUCCCAUCUGGACAGCAACAUCGAGGAUCAAGAGAUUGUCACUAAUCCGCCAGACAUUUGCCAAGUUGUGGAGGUGACCACAGAGAGUGAUGAGCAGCCGGUCAGCAUGAGUGAGCUCUACCCUCUGCAGAUUUCCCCCGUGUCUUCCUACGCAGAAAGUGAAACUACCGAUAGUGUGCCCAGUGAUGAAGAGAGCACGGAGGGACGCCCACACUGGAGGAAGAGGAACAUUGAAGGCAAACAGUACCUCAGCAACAUGGGCACCAGAAGCACCUACCUGCUGCCCAGCAUGGCGACCUUCGUGACUUCCAACAAGCCGGAUCUCCAGGUCACCAUCAAAGAGGAGAGCUGUCCGGUGCCUUUCAACAGCUCCUGGCCCCCUUUCCCAGACCUGCCCCUCACUCCCUCCGUGACCCCAGCGUCCAGCAGCAGUCGGCCCGACCGGGAGACUCGGGCCAGCGUCAUCAAGAAAACGUCCGAUAUCACCCAGGCCCGCGUCAAGAGCUGUUAGGCUUUUGACUUCCCCUGGUGGUUGUUGGGAGUUCUUGGCUUUGUUUGUUGUUUGUUUGUAUUUUAUUUUUCUCUCUGACACCUAUUUUAGACAAAUCUAAGGGAAAAAGCCUUGACAAUAGAACAUUGAUUGCUGUGUCCAACUCCAGUACUGGAGCUUCUUUUUAACUCAGGACUCCAGCCCCUUGGUAGACGUGUAUCUCUAGAGCCUGCUGGACCUCCCAGGGCUGCUCCCUCAACUUCAAGGACGUCAUAGGACCAACAGCCGCAUGGGCAGUGAGGUGCUGCAUUGCCUGCGGUCAAGGCCAGCAUGGUGGAGUGGGUGCCUCAGAAUGGAUGAGAAAAUGUGAACUAGCUGGAAUUUUUUAUUCUUGUGAAUAUGUACAUAGGGCAGUACGAGCGACGCUGCAGUCUGCUUCUGCACCUUAUCUUAAAGCACUUACAGAUAGACCUUCUCUGAUCUUGCUCUAUUUGAUAGCACAGCACAUUCAGCAUCCCUUUCAUGUCCCCUCUCGCCUCCCAUCCCGUCCCUUCCCACCCAGUUCCUUUCCUCCUUUUCCUCCCCUCAAAGGCUGUGUUCCACAUCCCUGAGGAGGAGAAGAAGAAAAUGAACUUCUCCCCAGAUGUCCCAUUUUAAGACUGCUUUAACAACACAAAAAGAAAAAGAAAAUCUUUCUAAUCUGCUAUGCUUGAAUGCCACGCGGUACAAAGGAAAACUAUCAUGGAGAUAUUAUGCAAAUUCCCAGAUUUGAAGACGAAAACACUCUAAUUCUAACCAGAGCAAGCUUUUUUAUUUUUUAUACAGGGGAGUAUUUUAUUCAAGGUAAAAUUCUAAAGAAAAUAUAAUUGUUUUUUAUCUUUUCUACAGCAAAUUUAUAAUUUGAAGAUUCCUUUUCUUGUUUCUCAGCAGUUAUUAUUACAUCCUUGUGGCACAUUUUUUUUUUUUUUAAUUUUGUAAAGGUGGAAAAGCUUUUAUGAGCUCAUGUAGCAAUCAAAUUAUCCUGUGGAUUGAUAAUAAAUGAAUAUGAUAUAUAGUUAAAUUUUUAA